AUGUCCCGUUCUUUUGCAAUUGUAGAUUUUAAACCCUUCUGCUUUACUCCUCUUUAUCUCCUUUAUAUUGAUGGUAGGAAGUUCCUCCAUGCUACUUCAUGCAGUGUUGCCUAUUACUUUGCAGGAAGGUGUCCAGCAGCUUGUGUUAGAAGCAUUGUUGGGGAAUUAGACGAAGAGUUGGAUGCAAACCUGGAUUUGUCCAAACUCAGAGCUCACCCUCUAAAGCCUGUGGAUGAGCAUCGGAAAGAAAGAGUGUGGAGGGAAAGGGUGGGAACUGGUGAGGCUUUUAGCAUUUUAUGGGGCCAUUAUGAAAGAAUUCCCAGUGUUUAG